CUAGAUCAUAUUAAGCAGUACAUAUAAAUUUAUUAUUUUAGUGUAGAAAUUUCAUUUAAUUACAAGAUGUCUGGUGAUAAAAAAAAUCUCUUGUUGCUCUUUGACCGCCCAAAAGAGCCAGUGUUCGUGCCUAAAGGCAACGAGAGAAAAGCCUUUGUUGUUCCUGCUGAAUAUCUUACAGAUAAAUAUAAACCAGUUGGUACCCAAGUAGCUAGUCGUUUUGGAUCAGAAGCAUCGGAACAAAUCGCUGUCAACAAGAUAUCUAUUCCAGACCUUGGUGAAAUUUUGGACCUGACAAGGGACGAAAACUUCACUCUCUUCAUUCCAAAGCAUCAAAGAAUAGCUGGAAGAUUAAUAAAUAUCUUCUUAGGAGUGCGAAAUGUUGAAGAUCUUAUAGCCGUUGCAGUUUACGCCAGAGAUCGAGUCAAUCCUUAUUUAUUCAACUAUUGCCUAUCUGUGGCAAUUCUUCACAGAGCCGAUACUCAAGACUUAGAUGUCCCUUCUAUAAUCCACUCUUUCCCAGAUAAGUAUGUGGACAGUAAAGUAUUUGGACAAGCUUUGGAAGAUGCUACGGUAGUACCAGAAAAUGACCGGACACCAAUUGAGAUUCCUAAAGAUUUUACAGCUUCCGAUUUAGAAGAAGAACAUCGCUUGGCGUACUUCAGAGAAGAUAUUGGAUUGAAUCUCCAUCACUGGCAUUGGCACUUAGUCUACCCAAGCAAUGCUGAGUUAAGCGUGGUAAACAAAAAUCGGAGAGGCGAAUUAUUCUAUUAUAUGCAUCAACAGAUUAUGGCCAGAUACAACUUUGAACGGUUAUGCAAUAAAAUGAAAAGAGUCGAACGUCUUAUCGACUGGGACGAACCCAUUAAGGAGGCAUAUUUUCCUAAAUUGGACAGUUUAGUAGCCAGCAGGGGAUGGCCUGCAAGGGUUGAAAAUCAAAGAAUAAGAAAUCUUAGAAGAGAAACUGACGGUUUAAAACUCGAUUUAGAUGACUUGAAACGAUGGAGAGACAGAAUUUUUGCGGCUAUUAAUUCAAAAUCAGUUACUGAUAGCACUGGUAAAACUAUCGAACUGAAUGAAAACGAAGGUAUUGAUAUUUUAGGUAAUAUGGUAGAAGCCAGCAUUCUAUCUCCAAACGGAGAAUUCUACGGCAAUCUUCACAACAUGGGGCAUGUUUUCCUGUCAUUUAUUCACGAUCCAGAUCACAGACAUUUAGAAUCUUUCGGAGUAAUUGGUGAUUCGGCCACGGCAAUGAGAGAUCCCAUUUUCUAUCGUUGGCAUUCCUACAUCGACGACCUUUUCCAAAAAUUUAAAUCAGCCCUUCCAAAGUACACUGUAAACCAACUUAAUUAUCCCGGAGUGACAGUUGAAGGUAUUGAAGUAGGUGUGCAAGGAGGGAAAACAAACAACCUACAAACCUUUUGGCAACAAUCGGAUGUAGACUUAUCAAGAGGUAUGGACUUUCAACCUCGCGGUGCUGUCUUUGUUCGAUUCACCCAUCUUCAACAUAGAUCUUUUACAUACAAAAUUGACGUUCAAAGUGAUUUAGCACGCGAAGGAACAUGUAGAAUAUUUUUAGCUCCCAAGUUUGACGAACGUAACGAUGAAUGGUUAUUUACAGACCAAAAGCAUAUGUUUAUCGAAUUGGAUAAAUUUAAGGUUAAUUUGAAAGAAGGAAAGAACACCAUCAUGCGUAAUUCCAGCGAUUCGUCUGUUACAAUUCCUUUCGAAAGGACAUAUCGAGAUGUAGAUACCUCUAGACCAGAAGGAGGUGAUGCUUUGGCUCGUUUUAACUUUUGUGGUUGCGGAUGGCCCGAUAAUCUCCUUAUUCCCAAGGGCACUCCUGAAGGAUUGCCUUGUCAAUUAUUUGUUAUGAUAUCAAACAUAGCUGAUGAUAAAAUAGACCAAGAAGUUACUGGAGAAUGCAAUGACUCGUAUUCUUAUUGUGGCCUUAAGGACAAGCUGUAUCCUGACCGACGUUCAAUGGGUUAUCCGUUUGAUAGACUGCCCAGAGAUGGAGUUGACACACUACAACAAUUCCUAACACCCAACAUGAGAGUCCAAGAUGUUACUUUAACAUUCGAAAAUAAAACUUUUAAACCUAAAGAAGUAAUCAGCUAAAGGAACAAUACAAAAUGCAUGAAAAUAAUGUUGAUCCAUUUUAUUUGGAUCUAAACAAUUUUAUAAUGCAAAUAUUGUUUAAAUAAAAAGUUAAUUGAAUAA